AUGGCACCACCCCAUAUCGUCUUCGGUGGCGGUGUCUCUUCAUACUCUUCCUCGGACGAUGACUCGUUCGUGGUCCGUUCACACUCCAGAGUUCGCCGACAUUCUCGCCCAAGAGUGGUUAGAGAGAACUUAGAAGUUCCGAGACGUGGUCGUGUUCGUGCUUCGUCGGUAGGACCCCAGGGUAGAGAUGGCAACAUUUUCAUCGUGAAUGAAGCUCGCUCCCCAAGCCGCGAACGCUCCCAUUCCCAUGUCCGUGCGAGACCAAAACUGUUCGCGGAAGAUGAAGCCCUUAUAGACCUAGACGAACAGAUGGAACAACUGCGCCGCCAUCGCAGGCCACGAUCCCGGUCCUCCCAUUCCCCACGUUUGGAUAUUGAGGAGCACCUGCGGCUGGAUAGGCUGAGACUAUUGGAAAGACGUGAAGAAGCCGCGAUGGAGGAACGGAACAGAAAAUUGGACGAACAACUACUAGAGUUACAGAGGGAGCGAGAUACGCGAAUUCGGGAGAGGGAACGGGAGUUAGACCGUGAGAGAGACCGUGUGAGAGAUCGAGAGAGUAGAGAUCGGCGGGGCCGCCACAGGGAUCAUAGCGUGUCUCGCCGGGAUAUCGAAAACGAAUUACAGAUAGAGAGACUACUCCAGAUGCAGCACGAUCUAGAAGCCCAGAGAUAUAUCGACGACCAACUUAUUGUAAGACGUGCACAGGCUAGAGAAGAGGAAGAAGCAGAAAAAGAGCAUGAAAAGCGAAUCCGCGAGAAGAUAGAGACUGAGCGAACCCGGAAGGAGGCGGAAGAGGCCGAACGUCGAGAGUACGAAGCUAAAUUAAAGAAGCAAGCAGUCGACGAAUACAACAGGAUUGAAGCGGAAAAGAAACAAAAGGAAAAGAAGGACAAAGAAAAAGCAGACAGGGAGUUCGAAGAACGUGCUAGGGCGACGCUUGCAAAGUCUGGUUAUACCGACGAUCAAAUCACGGCCAUACUCAAGGGAGAAGAGAAGCCGAAGUCUCAUGCUCAUCCAGCCAUAAAGCCUACGUUUAUCAAGCGUGACAAGGAAUUCAUUCUUAUCAAACGCUGGAUUACAGACGAUGAGCAGGAGGAGCUCUUCGAGCACACAAAAACACUACGCCAUGGGCAAAAACUUCUGAUUGCCCCCGCUCCCCCACAGCCACAAGUGGGUGUCAGAGUUCGGGAUCGGGAUGAAAUGUAUUUGGUUCGAACACGGAAGAAGUCGCCACGGCGAGCGAGUGGUUGGGGACUGUGGUAA